AGCAUCCAGGAAUUAUCAGUAAAAUAGUGGGACUAUUUAGCGUCGGCGGCAGGAUAUUUGUUCUAAAAUCCCUGCCUGCGCUACCUUCUUUUUUUCCUUCGGUGGAGGCCAUGAUGGGAGCCUGAGCUCAGCUGCAGCGAGAGCAGCGACAAAAAAGAAGAUGAUUCCCCGGGACGGACCUGUCAAGCCAAUCCUUGCACUGUAGUUGUAUUUGUAUAGUCUAUAUACAUUUAAGGUGGAGCCUGUCACUUUCUUUCGGAUGUGUUCCUGGCAAUCAGUCGAUGACAAUGUUGAAUCGUUAGGAGGCUUUCGGAUCGAAAAAGGGGGUAGCAUUAGCUAUUGUUGCUAGCUAGCUGCUAGCUAGCUGUUAGCUAGCUUGCUAGCUCCGUCCGAGUGACUGGAUACGGGUUUUGGGAACCGGCUAGUUCCCCAUCCUCCCGCUGUCGAGGCUUCAUACUGGACCUGGUCUGACAUGUAGAGGGAUUUUCCGGAGGACUGCUGCAUGUGUUUUGUACGGAGCUGCGAGACGAAUCCAAGGAUUGGGAAAGUCGGGCCUGCACGGGGGAGCGGAGCACGGCCCGUCUUUAUGAUCCACAGGAAACCUUUCUAAUCCUAUCGACUGCCACUGCUAGCGCUGCUGGCUAACUCACUGCGAGGACCUGCAAAAAUCACACAGCAGUGAGCCAAACUACACUCUGCGACACACUCAUACAAACUAUAAAGCUUAGAAAGAACUGUUUUUACAAUUAAACCCAUAAACUAUUGCAACAAUGGCUGCGAUUAUAAAAGAAAUGGUCAGCCGCAACAAAAGGAGAUAUCAGGAGGACGGCUUCGACCUGGACUUGACAUAUAUCUAUCCCAACAUUAUUGCAAUGGGGUUCCCAGCAGAGAGGCUCGAAGGGGUGUACAGAAAUAAUAUAGACGAUGUGGUUAGGUUUCUCGACUCGAAGCAUAAAAACCAUUACAAAAUCUACAACCUCUGCGCAGAAAGACACUACGAUGCUGCCAAAUUUAACUGCAGAGUUGCACAGUACCCGUUUGAAGACCACAACCCUCCUCAGCUGGAGCUAAUCAAGCCGUUCUGUGAAGACCUGGACCAGUGGCUCAGCGAGGACGACAAUCACGUGGCGGCCAUCCACUGUAAAGCGGGCAAAGGUCGCACGGGGGUCAUGAUCUGCGCCUACCUGCUGCACCGCGGCAAGUUCGUUGAGGCCCAGGAAGCACUCGACUUCUAUGGAGAAGUCAGGACAAGGGACAAGAAGGGAGUCACAAUCCCCAGCCAACGGCGCUACGUUCACUACUACAACUACCUACUGAAGAACCAGCUGGAGUACAAGCCAGUGGCCCUGCUCUUCCACAAAAUGGUGUUUGAGACUCUCCCCAUGUUCAGCGGGGGCACCUGCAGGGACAGUACCGUAAAAAACAGGAGCGAGCCGACCCCUCAGGGCUUCAAGAAAGGGAAUUGGCACUGGGACCCCCAGUUCGUGGUGUACCAGUUGAAGGUGAAGAUCCAUACGUCGAACCCUGCUCACACGCGGCGCGAGGACAAGCACAUGUACUUUGAGUUCCCUCAGCCGCUGCCCGUCUGCGGAGACAUCAAGGUGGAGUUCUUCCAUAAGCAGAAUAAGAUGAUGAAGAAGGACAAAAUGUUUCACUUCUGGGUGAACACAUUCUUCAUCCCUGGUCCAGACGAGGAGAAGAAGCGCGAGGAGAACGGGACGGUGGUGAGCGACAUGGACUGUCAGCAGCAACAGCCUCCACCGGGCCCACCAAGCAACGCUGAGCGCAGGGACAGCACCAGAGACGGAGACAAGGAGCGUGUCUGGGACAGGGACAAAGACAGGGACAGGGACAAAGAGAGGGAGAAGGAGCGCGUGUGGGACAGGGAGAAGGAGAGGGAAAAGGAGCGCGACAGGGACCGGGACUACCUCAUCCUGACGCUAACCAAGAACGACCUGGACAAGGCAAACAAGGAUAAAGCUAACCGCUACUUCUCUCCAAACUUCAAGGUGAAGUUGUACUUUACAAAAACGGUGGAGGAGCCCACGAAUUCAGAGGCGAGCACUUCGACAUCAGUCACCCCGGACGUUAGCGACAAUGAGCCAGACCAUUACAGAUACUCUGACACCACUGACUCUGAUCCGGAAAAUGAACCUUUUGAUGAAGAGCACCACACACAGAUAACCAAAGUGUGAACUCUUUUACACAACAGGAAGAAGAAACGAUCCACCGAAAAAAGGAGAAAACUUGAAUAUAAACUCUUCCCUCCCCCAGGCGGCAAUAGAAAAUCAUCAUGUCAAAUGCCAACUUUAGGGAAAAAAGAGAAAUAUCUCGACCAAUAUAUUUUUUAUUUUCCUUUUUUUUCUUUGGCACGGCCAUGUACCAUGUGCGAGGUAUUGACACUGUUGCCCCAUGGAAAAGGUGCUGUAGCUUAAAUGUGUUUAUAUAUAUAUACAUACACAUAUGUAUAUACAUAUAUACAUGCAUAUAUAAACAAACUUUUGUGUCAAAGACAAUGGAAAGAGUACCACAAUCAGGAGACGGGAGUUGAAGUGUGGGAGAAGUUGUAAUGAUGUACUAGGACUAUGCUGCUCCUUCUCCUGUCUAAACCAAGGCCAGUGCUGCAAGUCACUUUGUUUCACUCCUCUCUCCUCCCCUCCCUCUCUCCUCCUCUUUUACUCUCCUCCCUCCAUCCUCCUCCUUUACUGUGAAUGCUUCUUGUGCUCUUUGCAGGCUGUCUCACGUGACUUUUGGCCUUUGUGCAGUGCAAACUGCAUGCGGGCAGUGGGUUGGGGGUGGGCGGGGUUAUGAAGAGGCUGUGAUGAUGUCUAAAGCAUUGCCAUUCCUAUCCCCACUGUGUUUAAAUUAUGCAGGCUACCCAUGUAAUUGUCAAUGUUUUUUUUAUCAUAAAAUAAUAAAAAUAUAAUACACAAAACAGCAGGGAGACAAGUGUUUGCAAUAAUGUCAACACUACAUUUAAAGGACAAUGGUGAUUUGCAUGUACUGGAAUUGGCGUCCAUCCCUAAUAAAUGUAUGCAAAGUUGUCUUUUCUUAA